AUGCAUUCCUCAACCAAAGGACAAGCAAAAUCUAGCCAACAAAAAGAAGUUUCAAAAGAAUGGAAACUCGAACCCGAGCACGAGUUUCGGUUUGAAAUAGAUUUUGGCACUACGGUGAAAUUAAAACUAAUUUCUGGUACGGCAGAAAUAUUUGGUACAGAAAUUGGAAUUGGACACGAAUAUGAAUUUUCAGGUCGUAAAGUUGCAAUAUUUACUUGGCAUGGAAUAUGUAGUGUAGAAUAUGUUGCUAAUGAAACUCCAAUGACAAGUUAUCUUAAUAUGCAUAUCGCACUCGAACAAUGUAGAGAAGAGGCCAAGUCUAAGAGUGAAAAGGGACCACGGGUUAUGAUUGUAGGUCCUGAAGAUGUAGGGAAAACAUCAUUAUGCAAAUUAUUGCUUAGUUAUGCGCUGCGUCACGGUAGACAGCCGAUAUUUGUUAAUCUUGAUAGCAACGAGGGUUCAAUUACAAUGCCGGGGACUUUGACUGCGACACCAGUCAAUCACAUCAUUGAUGUAGAAGAAGGUUUUGGUUCAUCGGCAACAACCGCACCAUCAUUUAGCUCUUCAUAUAUGCCGAUGGUUUUUUAUUAUGGAUAUUCGGACCCUAGCGAUAAUGUAAAAUUAUAUAAAGUAUUGACAAAAAAAUUGGCCUCCAACGUUUACCGACGCUUGGUUGAGGAUGAAAUUGCUAAAGCUUCAGGAAUCGUUAUUGACACUAGUGGACUCAUUGACAGCACCGGUUAUGAGAUCAUUCAACAUUGUGUGGAUGUAUUUGACGUAAACAUCAUAAUUGUACUUGGUCAUGAACGGUUGUAUAGUGAUAUGGCUAGAUUAUAUAAGGAGCGCUCUGGUGUUAAUGUAGUUAAAUUAUCAAAAUCCGGAGGGGUAGUUGACAGAGAUAACGCGUUUCGAAGGCAAAUGCAGAUGCGCAAAAUUCGAGAAUAUUUUUAUGGAUCCUUGGCUCCUUCAUCUGCACUUCCGAUUGGAAUUGACAGAAAAGUUAGUGAAACUCAAUUAGUGAAAGUUGAACCAGAUGAUGACACGUUAUUACAUUCUAUUCUGGCAAUUAGCUCUGCUAAUAAUUCAGAAGAACAUUCUUUACUUGAAUCAUCAAUUAUCGGUUCUAAUGUUGAUACUGGGAAGCAAAAGAUGACUAUAUUAUCUCCAUCACCAGGUCGACUUCCAAAGCAAUAUUUGAUAAUGGGAUCAUACAAAUGGAUGGAAAGUUAA